UCAAGAAACGAUCAAGAAAGCAUCAAUACAUAGCCAUCCAUUAGUUCAUCCCUUAAUGGAUCCAGAAGCUCAAAAAGAGAACACCCAGGACAGUGAUGACAAGAAAGUGGUUGCAGAGAUCACGGCGAGGCGUUUCGUCCCAGCUUCAGUGACAACCACCUCCUGGGAGGAAUUUCGUUUCGUGGGUCACGAGAUCCGGAUCUCGGAAGCUGUGGACUGCUACGGUGCUGUGGUGUGGCCGUCGGCCCUUGUUCUAUGCUACUUUCUGGAAACAAGUGUAAAGCAGUAUAAUAUGGUUGACAAAAAUGUGAUUGAAAUUGGAGCUGGAACAGGGCUAGUCUCCAUCGUGGCAAGUUUACUUGGUGCUCAUGUCACUGCCACAGACUUACCUGAAUUACUUGGAAACCUGCAAUAUAAUAUUUCACGAAAUACCAAAAUGAAAUGUAAACAUUUACCUGAGGUUAAAGAACUCUCCUGGGGCAUAGCUUUAGACAAGAACUUCCCCAGGUCUUCCACCAAUUUUGACUAUAUCCUGGCAGCCGAUGUGGUCUAUGCUCAUCCUUUUCUAGAAGAACUCCUCAUUACCUUUGACCAUCUGUGCAAAGAAACCACCAUCAUCCUCUGGGUCAUGAAAUUCAGGUUGGAGAAAGAAAAUAAAUUUGUAGAUAGAUUUAAGGAGUUAUUUGACCUGGAGGAGAUUUUUAGUUUCCCUAGCCUGAGUAUUAAGUUGUAUAAAGCUAUGAAGAAAAAUCAGAGGAGUAUAUGAUACCUUCAAGGGAGAACCUGGGAAGUGAAGACAAUUUCUAUUAGAUUAGUAAAUCUAAAAGACCUUAAAGGUGACCCUGGAUUAUCUGAUGGAGACUGACUUUCCCAAGGGAACACUUACACACACAUACACACAGACACACACACACACACACACGCCUCACCCUAGACAGGAUUUUCCUAGAUACAGCAAAUGGGUCUGGGGUGUGGCAAAGCCAUACUGUGUGGUCAUUGGUUAGGACAAUGUCUGCUUUCCUUAUCCCACCUAUUACUGUCAUUUUAAUAAGUGGUACAUUUAUUGUUAUUUUAAUGUAUUAUUGUAGAAUUAUGGUUUUUAGUAAUGAUACCCCUAACAUGAACAUUAUUCUUGUUUUAAACAUAAUCUUAAAUUAUUCUCUUUGGAAAUAAAUGGACUAUAGUGGGAUCUCCAAAGAAAUCUGAAAGGCUAGAUGCAUAAUUAAUGGUAAUGCUAGCUUAUUGUGGUUUUUAUUAAUGCGAGGUGGUCUGUCGUCUCUCCUUGGCAGGGUGGCCCCCUGGCACAGCCUCUGGCAUCCACCAAGCUUGUGGAUUUGAGGUUAUGAGCAAGGACAUUUUACUCUAGGAAAUGAAAAAUGAAUGGAAGCAAGCAUAAAGACAGUUGAGAUUUUAGAAGAGUUAUUGUUUUAUUUUUAAGCCAGUACAUUUAUUUUAUAUCACAGAAACAGAAAUAAAUAUAAAAUCUUUGUGUUGAGAAAACAUGCAGAGAGGUUUAGGCCCCUAAUCUCAAACCAGACAUAUAGUUGGUUUUAAAGUUUAAAGCACUUCUGAUGAACACAUAUAGAGCUAGAUAUUUGAAAUCCUACUUGAUUUUUUUCACAUGGACCUUAGAGAUUAGAAUGAAGUCUGAAAUAAUUAAAAUCAGUGCAAGGAGAGCAAAAAAUUAGGAUUUUGCCACAGGCAGGGAGACCUUAUCAGUUGGUAACUCUUUAUGUCCUCACUAAUGCUCCUCAGGCUGUCACUGCGCCCUCUGGUGGCACUUGCUCUCGAAGCCUAGCCCUUUCUGCUUUGCUGGAAGUUCUGGUACACUCAGGGUGAGAAGAGCUGAAAAGGUUAUUUCCCAGGGCCCUGACCUGUAAGACAGGACACAUACGUACACCUGGCGGAUUUUUUGGUGUGUGUGUUCGUAGAGGACUGGCUCUCAGGAAUUCCCAGUGUGGGCACAGCUCUUCCCAGUUCUUACCUGUUAUUCCAGACACUCAUUCAAUCGUCACAGCCAUUCGGAGACGUCUAGAUAACACAUUGUCCCCACUUCCAGACAAGGACUGAGGCUGAGAGUGAGGGGUCCCAGGUGCAGGGGGGCAGCGCGGGGCACUCCGAUCCAGGCUGUUUGAGUCCAGAGCCCGUGUACUUUACCAUCGCGCUGCCUUUAUGUAUGUACAACAGUAGUUCUCAAAUGCUUUCGUAAAUGAGAGAAGUCCUUUCUUCAAAAUGAGUUCAGGACCCAGAAGGGUAAGCAAAUGCAUUAUGAAAAGAUGAGAACUGCUUCUCUUUAAAUCUUUUUCUAAAUUGGGUGGUUAGGGCAGGCUUGUUGAGAAGGUGGCAUUUAAGCCAAGCUGGAGGGAAGAAGCAGGUAUCUGCGGAAGUGCGGUGCAGGCAGGAGGGACAGCCGGCCAGGGCCUGCAGGCAGGAGCCCGCCGGUCCUCAGGGAGGAGCGUCAGAGGCUCUUGGAGCAGGGUGAGCGGGGGGCCUGCAGGACACGAAGUUAGGGAGGCCGUAGCAGGAGACCAGGUCAGACCUUGGCCGUACUGGGGUUCUCCGGAAGCAGCCUCUGUGGUGGAAUUCAGUGUGUGGGUCAAGACCUGCAGAAAGGAGGGGAAGGAAUAGGCCAGAAGCAGAGGUCAAGCUGCAAGGCAGGCCCAGCCAGAGCCUCAGCUGACCCCACGUGGGGCACUGGAGCUAGAGUGGCCUUUCAGAGUCAUCCUGGGUGGGGUGAGAUGUCUGGGCCUUGAUAGCCCCAUGUCACUCAGUCACUAGACGUGGGCGACCCAGGAAAGCUCUGUGACCUUGGUGAGGUGACCCUCUUUGGCUGAGACAAUCUCUGAAGGUGUUGACAGCCGAGGCCGUCUGCCAGGAACAGUUCCCCAGCAGGGCGGUCAUCAUUGUGCAGGGGAUGUGAGCAGCACGUCGACCGCAAGGCCGUCGAGAGAACUUGGGCUUCUCCCCUGGUGCCGUGGAGCACCGCCAGAUGGAUCGGAGUAGAGGAGAGACGGAGUACCACUCAUGUAAGGACCACUGUGGCUGCUGUCCUGAGAAGGCUGUGAAGAGGCAAAGAGACAGUUGGGGCAGCCACCCAGGCAAGAGUGGGUGGCAGGGAACGUGCCUGGAGGUGGUGAGAAGGGGUCGUUUCUAGAUGUGCUCAGAAGUGAGAGCCAGCCGAUUCCCUGCCAUGUUGAAAGGAGUGAGGAAGGACAGGGGACUAGGCUGACUAGCGUUUGAUCGGAGCUACUGGACGUAAAGUUAGAGUCAUCGGCGUAGGAGUGGCUGGUGAAGCUCAUUCGGGGAGCGGAGGAACAGACGGAAUGAAAGGGACGGAGCCCAGAGGCUCGUGCAUCUGAGACAUUUUUAGAGGUUCUGUCCCCUGCCAGGAGUUAUAUUAGGAUCUGUUGACUCCUAAAGAUAUGAAUUUGCUACCCCAGUGAUUUUUGAACUGGUCAGCAGAGUUCUGAGUCUCCUCAAAGCUGCCUCAGGCUUCUAGGAAUGUCUUCGGUGUGGCAGCAGGAAUCUUGGGGUAACGAGGAAAAAAAUGGCUCCUUUGCUAACAAAUGUUUGAAUGUCACUCAAGCUAUUUUUAGGUAGAAUAGGUAAAGUGUCCUUUCAAAGACUGUGUGAGGACCAAGCCACCCAUGCGGCUCCUAACAGAGCCUCUCUCUCUGAGUGUCAGUCUGUCGGAUCCCUGUUUGGUGCCCGUUGUCUGACCCUGUGUGCAGCACCCCCACCCCCAAGCUCUGGGCUCUCCCUCCCACUCCAUUUGGCGAGUUGUCUGCUUUUAUCUUUUCAUUGUAGUUCCUCCACACUUGUCUAGAUUUAACUUUACAAUAAUUUAAUUUCAAAAGAUGUAAUUUGAAUAGGCUUUUUCUAUCUUACAAUUUUUUUUAUGGUUAGAAAUUGAUUUGUUAACUUUAAUCCAACUGAGUUUAUGGUGAAUUUUGCCCGUAUUCCCCUUUUUUCCUUUUUGGGCAAGUUAAACUAUGCUACUGUAAACCUCACUCCAAUUCUUGCAGUAACUUUCCAGGUUUCUAAUCGAAUAAACACUCUGACUGUUAAAGCUUUAUAAUAGAGUUUAGCACAGAAUAGUUAUUGCUUCACAGUAGACAUACCACUUUGCUGGUAAUACUUGUAGCUUAAAACUUGCAUGUUACGUACAUGUAACCACAAGAGUUUAUAUGUUAUGUUAAUAUAAUCAUGAGAGCUUACAUGUUAUAUACAUGCAACCAUGAAGGUUUUUGUGCCCCAGAUUGUAUCAACUUACUUUAGGAAACUAAGUCCUAAACUAAAAUCUGUCCUAGCAUUUACUGAUAUAUUCUAUUUCAUUUGUACCAAUUUUACCUAAGGGUAUUUUUAAAAAUUGAUUUUUGUUCCAUAUUUAUAUUUUGCUCUCUUUUUUGGAUAAAGAAUCAUGGCAUUGAUAACUUAUUAGCAGAUUUGGAGCCAAUAAUGUGAACUCCUUAUUGUGGAAGAAAAAAAGAUAAGGAAACAUAACAGAAUGAAGUGUUCCUUUUUUUUCACCCUCUAAAUCUUUGGAUUCCAGGAGUUUGGUGUUCUGUCUGAAUGCCCAACCCUUAUGGACAGAGACUGCGGCCCAACUUGUUUUAAGCAGUACCAUUGGCAUGUGAGCACAUAAAUAAUUUCUGAAUAUCCUUUGGAAGUAAAACAUGUCCAUGGGGUAGGAUUUUGAUACAAGAAAAGAUUUCCAUGUACUAAUUCUGAAACCAAGCUGGGGACCUUAGAUUCUAGAAAUAAAAUAAAGUCAACCUUAAGUGGAUCAGAGAAGUAAGCUUUUUGAUAAGAACAGAAGAAAAUAAUAUACGGUGCCUCUUCUUUUGACUCUGUUUAACUUAGUUUUCAUGGAUAUCUGCAUGUGGAGGAAGUAAAAAAUUGUCAUAUAUGUGCAUAGCUUUCCACUAAAUUAUAAGGAAACAGUAAGAAAUACCAGGAACAGAGCAAGUAAAUACUUUCAAAAACUAUAGGGAGAUACGGGAAAAACAAAAUCUAAAAACCAAAGACAUUUGUGAGUUUAUUUCCGUAUGGACCUAAUUCUUUAUGUCUUCUUUGUGAAGCCUGGAAAUGGUUCACAAGUAAUUUCCACAUCCAGGUUUUGGUAUUUUUUAGUUUGUGAUGUAAAAUUAAGUCUACAAUAUUUACCCGCAAGCCUGAUUUCAGUAUUUGCUCUGCUUCCAAGUUCCAUACAAAAUCAAAGACAGUGUUCUGUAUAACUGUGUGCUGUACAGCUGUCUUAGGUGGCCUAAGGCAGCAUCCAUCAGCUCUGUGGUCAUAUUAACUCCUUGUACUAAGAGCUCCUGCGCAGGACAUUCAUGUUUUCCCAGGCUGUGCAUAGCUGUGCGGUGUUGAGAUUGCUGGGCACACACCAUUCUAUUGAACUCACCUUUGGCCUCUAUUAGGAACAGUUCUUUUAUUGGGGAAGCUCACAGGCAAGAGUUUUUUCCUCUCCAUUUCUUCAAUUCCUUUGUUUCUAAGGCAAUUGUCUUUCCUUGAAAUGCACUCAAAUUUCAGAACUGGCACUCACACAUCGAGGAAUUUAAAAGCGUUAAAAACGAAAACAGAUGUCUAGGUCAAUUUUGUGAUAAAUGGCCUUAAUAGAAAAAAAAAUACUUGAGAAGUAUUGGAUAUCUCCUGCCAACUGCUAACAUUUUACCAUAACAAAAAAUAUUGUAAAGCCCAUGCUGAAUAAGAUUAAAAUAAGCCAUUAAAAAUAUUUCAGUAGUCAGGCAUUAUUUCAUAAUGUUACAAAUGGCAGGAUGCAAGGUUUCUGAAAAUUACUCGUUUGGUAAAUGCUAGAUUUUGCAGUUAGGUUUUGAAAAUUUUCAUGUUUUCAGUGUCCACAAUCUGUAUAUCUAUACUCUUUGUUUUAAUUUUAAAUUAUGAGUCAGCCCCUUACCUUCCCUUGAUUUUUUUUAGUGUCAUGAUUUAAUUUGGGUUUCUUAUCUCUUCCUGUGUUUCCUUUGUUGGAAGAGUAUAAAUCACGAUGGCAAAGGUUGUCUCUUUGUCACAAACCAUCAUAAAUAAGCCUAAAGAACAGGCCAUAAAAAUGAAAGAAAUCCUGAGAUUAAAAAACAUGAGUAAUGUUUUCUGCCCACCUGGUGUUCAGAGGUAAAAGUACAGUUUGCAACUAGUAAAUUAUUAACACUUUUCUAGCCAAGGAUUUCCUUCUUCCCUGGGAUCUAUGUGAUUAGCAGGUAGUCAUUUUAAGAAUGAGAAGGGUGUCAAACAUGGUAAUAAACACAGUUAAAUAAUUGUGUAUUAAAAAGAGGAAUUGAAUAAUUAUAUAAUUAUAAUUAGUUAUUAAUGAUACAAUUAUAAUAAAUGUCUAAUAAGA